GGAUCCCAGGCGAGCAAACGCAUCAGGCCAAACCCGUCUCAGCCCUCCGGUUCCCUUCCCCUUCUCUAUCAAUCCUCUCCCUCUCAAAUCCCAAUCGAAUACGGGCGGCGCUCUGCUCCGGGCUUCAGCACGGGCAAGCCCCCUCGCCUCCGCACUCCGCCAGCGCCCUCGCAGAUCUACCCUUCUCUCCGUCUUGCCACUGCAACCGGACCUUCGUCUUCUCCUCCCAGGUCCACUUCUCUCUCUUUCUGAUCAUCUCCGUGAGUGGUUUCGUGGUGCCCGAACCCUAAUCCAAGAUCCGUCAUUUUCUUUACCUCGACUCCAUCGCCAGAUACCCUCUCCUGACCUCCUCCUCCUGUAUCGCCAAUCUUCUCGAUCCUUCCUGAAAAAGCCGCAGUUGAGAGAAAAAGUGGUUUUUUUUUUCGGUCUCUCUUCUUGGAGUCUUCUCCUGCUACGACUCUUUCCAGGGGCGAGGAGGUGAAGAGAGCGUGGUAGAGGGUUAUGAAGUUAUUUGCGCCCAACGUGGAAAGUGUACAACCACUUUCUGGAUUUUGAAAUAUACGGCUGAUCACCUUCAAGAAUCAAUAUGAAUUGUUGUGGAUGUUCAACUUACAUAUAGACAAGAUGGACUUGCUUUGUUGUGGGAAAAGAAUUCGUAGUAUCCUAAUGUUCUUUAUAUCAAAAAGGAUAGCUUCACCUGUUCAGAUGGUUGACUAGUCACGUGUCAGAGAUCUGGAAAAACAUUAUUAGUAUAAUAACAAGCAGGCAAAAUGAUUAACAGACAACUUUUGCUGACAUACUUUUAUCUACUUAUUUAUAUUUGUCUCUCAUCAGGAGUUAUCUUGUAUAACAAGUGGGUUCUAUCUCCAAAAUAUUUCAAAUUUCCUUUUCCUAUUACUCUUACUAUGAUUCACAUGGGAUUUUCCGGUGUGGUAGCAUUCUUCCUUGUUCGUGUUUUUAAGGUUGUUGCACCUGUCAAGAUGACUUUUCAGAUAUAUGCAACAUGCGUGAUUCCCAUUAGUGCGUUCUUUGCAUCAAGUCUUUGGUUUGGUAACACAGCUUAUUUGCAUAUAUCAGUUGCUUUUAUUCAGAUGCUCAAGGCCUUAAUGCCUGUAGCAACGUUCCUCAUGGCUGUUAUAUGUGGCACUGACAAAUUAAGGUGCGACGUCUUCUUGAACAUGGUGCUGGUCAGUGUUGGAGUCGUAAUUUCGUCAUAUGGGGAAAUUCACUUUAAUGUAAUUGGAACAGUUUACCAGGUUACUGGUAUAUUUGCGGAAGCUUUAAGGCUGGUCUUAACUCAAGUCCUCCUUCAGAAAAAGGGCUUGACUUUAAAUCCUGUUACCAGUCUAUAUUACAUAGCCCCCUGCAGUUUCCUCUUUCUAUUUGUACCUUGGUAUCUAUUGGAGAAACCAGCGAUGGAGAUUUCACAGAUCCAAUUCAACUUCUGGAUAUUUUUCUCGAAUGCUCUUUGUGCUUUAGCCUUGAAUUUCUCUAUAUUUCUAGUAAUUGGUAGAACUGGGGCAGUCACCAUCCGUGUUGCUGGAGUACUCAAGGACUGGAUACUAAUUGCUCUAUCAACGAUUGUAUUUCCUGAAUCUGCUAUUACUGGUCUUAAUAUAAUUGGCUAUGCAAUUGCUCUUUGUGGUGUUGUCAUGUACAACUAUUUGAAAGUUAAGGAUGCCCGAGCAUUAAAUCAACUUCCUGGAGAGAGCAUCCCCGAAAGAGUAACAAAGGAGUGGAAGUUGGAUAAGAAGUCGUCAGAUAUAUAUACUGAGGAUGGUAACAACAGCAACAAUGCAGGAAACAUUGCUGGUGCUGCUGCUUCAGAGUCGGUUGUGGCAGAUGAAGAAGCACCCCUUCUUCCAUCAUCAAGAUUUUCCUACACUGGUCGAAGCCAGGUCAGCAGCCACAAGGCAUAGUACGAUAUAUGGUUAUGGUUCAAUUUCUUGUUACCAAAUUCUCUAAGAAGCCUCUUCCCAAGAACCCAUUUUUUGCAGAGAUUGAUUCUAGGAGCAUCAGCAUUGCAUCCUGAAGGUUGAUACCAAAAUUAUUCAUUGUAAAAACUGUAGUUGUUUUGCAGUUCCUUUUUUCCCCUUUUUUGUUGGCAAUGAUUUGAUAGAAACAUGGUUUGGGAAGAAUCAUAACACUAUAUCGUGGCCAGCUUGCACUUGGAAGGAUUUUGGCUGUCAGGGGCACAAGUAAAAGGGGAUGAGUUCUUAUUAAUCUGUAAAAGUUUUCCUUUUGGCUUGUGCAAGAAUCUCAUACAAUUUUGCUUA